AUGUUGAUUCCAUAUGAGCAUUAUACAAAGCAUUUACCAGACAACGAAACAGAAAUUACACAACCUCCCGACGCAGACGAUGACUACUACAGUCCUCUGGAAAGCAUAAUCGAGACACUAGACGUGCUCAAGAACGACUUCGCAACCCAAAAGUACUGCGAUUUGAAAAGCCUCUCAGCCACAUUGACAGGGGGACUGACAUGCAACGAAGAAGGCAUACGCGAGCUUAUCAAUGAGAAGAAUGCAACACAACACUACUACGAUUUCUGUGCCUACCGCCACGCCAAGUCCAAAGAUACCAGAAACCCUGAAACAACAGACGACGCAUCCUCGACUCUUUCUCUCUCUCAAGACUACAAAAAGGGCGACGACAAGCGAUACACCGCCGCGUAUCUUGCUGAAAGCACCCGCUGCUUCCUAACUCGCGACGGACGACUGGGACUCGGACCCAGAAUCACAGCGGGUGGAGAUCAGAUUUGGCUUCCUAUGGGCGCUGAUACGCCUUUUGUGCUGAGACCGCUUCAUGGUGGCAAGUUCAAGAUUCUUGGACAAGCUUACUUGCAUGGUGUUAUGCAGGGAGAGGUAGUUGCGGAUUUGACUGAGGAUAAUUUUGAGGUUGUGAAACUGGUUUGA